AGAGAACGUACAGCCACGGGACGUACCGGGCAGGUGCCAUGCGUCAGAUCAGUCUGGUGGGGGCAGUGGACGAGGAGGUGGGGGAUUACUUCCCAGAGUUCAUCUCKAUGCUGGAGGAGUCGCCCUUCCUAGAGCGGACGUUACCGUGGGGUACGUUCUCCAGUCUGAAGCUGAAGAGUCCAACAGAGAGUGACGACGGGGCCCAUCAUGUGGGUACGACCUGGGGAACAGAUGAUCCCUGUGGCUGACAUACCAAAGUCUCCCUACAUAAGGAGAAGGUCAACCAAUGAGAUCAAGAACCUGCAGUACCUACCUCGGGCCAGYGAGCCUCGUGAGAUGCUGUUUGAUGACCGGACGCGUGCCCACGCUGACCACAUCGGACAGGGCUUCGAGAGGCAGACCACCGCCGCUGUAGGGGUGCUCAAGGCCGUGCGCUGUGGAGAGAGUGCGGAGCCCCCUCGCGUUACCAAAGACGUGAUCUGUUUCCAUGCUGGAGACUUCCCUAACGUAGUCCAGAGGUUACAACUGGACCUGCACGAACCGCCUCUGUCCCAGUGUGUGCAGUGGGUGGACGGAUGCUAAGCUGAACCAGCUGAGACGCGAGGGGACCGCUACGCCCGUAUCCAGCUGUACGACAACGACAUCUACACAUCCCUCGUAGUGUGGUCCAUCAGUUCAAGACUG